AUUUCUAGCAGAAACUCUUAAUGUAGAAACCCAAGUUCCCUUGUCAUUACCUUGUUCGAAAUCGUUCACAAUAAUCCUCUAAACUCCACUACAAUAUCCACAUAUCUUAUUAAGAAUAUUUUUGCAAUAUUUAAUACCACAAUCUAAUACACAAGUAUCAUUUUCUGAAUUUAAAUAUGUUUAGACACCUUCAAUUAUUCCGCAAUUAAUACAUAAGGGGGCAUUUGUAUAACCAGGAGCACAUUAUAAGCAAUUUGAAGGGUUUAUCGAACAUUAUUUGCAAUUGUAUGAGCAUUUUUUACAUAAUUUAUCUAUUUAGUCGUAAAAAAAGUUUUCUUUUUUAUUACAAUCGCCUAUUGAUAUGCAAUAUCCAUUUAAAUUAGUGAAGUUUUCCGCACAAUGUAAACACAUUUCGCUUCCAUGGCCUUUCCCUAUGCCUAAAAUGCAGUUUUCAAAUAAAUCCAGUCUUAAGUAAAUCAAAACAAUAUUAAAAGGUUUAACAUGGACUCCUUUCUAUAAAGAAAGCCUUCUUAUAUAAAUAAUAUUAUUUAAUAAAUCCCCGAAAUCAUUAAAUUCUUUAUUACCUAUUUAAAUUUAAAAAGAAUUAUUUCCUCCAAAAAUCAAAAAACUUUCCUAAAAAAAAUACACAAAGCCAACAUCAUUCCCUAAUGAGGAAUAUAAACUCACUGCAAAAGUAUUAUUUCCUUAUUUUUUAACUGAAAUAAUAAUACUUUGACUCUUUCCAUGCUUCAUAUAUACCUAAACAGCCUAACUUUAAUUACAGAUAUCCUUAAUACAUAUAUUCAGCAAAUAAUAAUCAAAAAUAGUUUUCACAAAUUCUACUGAUAAUAUAUUAUUAAUUAAAAAUAGUUUCACCUAAUUAAAUUUUGUAUUUUUAUCAAACAUUAAAAUAAA